AUGUCCACUAAAAGUAAACUACCAUUUUUGAAACUUGGCCACUCGCCGAAAAUUAAGGACGUCAACCGCAUUGUCGUAAUGGGUUCUGAAGAUGUCGGAAAAACAGCGCUCAUUGUAAGAUUUCUGACGAGAAAAUAUCUUCCAGAGUACACGCAUGGAAACAUUACGUGUUACGAAAGAAAUAUCUUAAUAGAUGACAAAGAUGUGUCCAUUCGGAUUAUCGAUACGUCUGGAAAGGAGACCUAUUCGUCUUUAGAAAAACAGGACAUUUUUCAUCACGUCGACGGUUUUCUAGUCGUUUAUUCUGUCACAGACAAAACAAGUUUUGUCACUGGGGGAGAGAUGUUAAAGCAGUUGCAUCAGGACUUUAGCACGAAAGGAGCUUAUCCAGUAGCCCUCAUUGCAAACAAGACAGAUUUAACCCAUCUUAGAAUUAUUAACACCAUUGAAGGGCAAAGGCUGGCAUUGAUCUAUCCUCGUUGUUCCUUCUACGAGUGCUCAGCAGCAGGAGAUCCAAAAAAUGUUGAUGUCGCUUUUCGGGAAUUUAUCAGAGAAGUCAUGCAAAGCAAAGAUUCAAAGAAGCAUUUGCACGUGAACAGUUCUCUCACAGUUAAGUCACCAAAUCCUAGAAGAAAUAGUGCUGGUAACUCUACCUUGUCAAGCUGGUGGAAAAGACCGAGAUCUAGUUCAGCCUGUGAAAACAGGCAAGACAGAACGUUUACCAUGUGA